AGAGAAGUUGAAGUUCUUUCUAAUAUUCAUAACGUAGACGUCCAGGUAAUAGAGAUGCUAUUUCUCUCCUAAACUGCCGUCUCUGUUUCAAGUGUUUCCAUCCGGUACCCAAAAACUCGAAAGCACCAUACACCAUCAGACACAAAACGUUAUCCUCUUCAGCCAAGACCUCAGGAGUUUGGGUGUUUCCUGAAGACUGCAAACAUGCUUCUACCUUCAUACCUGCUCAAGCGCAACAGGGAUCUGUGCGCUCUGUGUGAAACUGGAAUGUGGACGGAGCACUCCCGCAGUUCAGGAAUACCGCUAUUUCUAUAGACGAAUCCCUGGGAGUGUAGAACGAUGUCCGUAUGAAAAGCGUAACGCAUGAGUCAAAAUAUAAAUCACCCAAAGGUUUAUGGGAUCUUACGUAGAAGAGAUUCUGCGCUGAGCGCCAAUGGCAGAACAUUUAGCCUCUGGGUUACUGGAAGCAUGCGUCGUUGUUGGAAUCUCAAACGACAAACUAAAAGAGGUAUAUGAGUCUCAGCAGCAGGAAACCAGCAUCCCUCCACCUCAGUUUGACCCAGAGAUCUUACAGGUCCACUCACCCCCGUUUGUGACGAAGGAGAGCCUCCGUGAGCCUGGCCUCGGAGGCUUCGGCCGGGGACAGUGCCGGCGCUCUUUCAUCAAGAAGACGAGCGACAGAUCCAUGGUGGUUCCUGGGAGCACGACGGCCAGCGAGCAACCCAAGGAGGACGUGUCCGUGCCCAAACAUCUGGACCUUGUGGCCCUGCCACAGCUCUGCUUUCCUGGAGGCCUUCAGGUAUCCAAGGAGCAGAGAGACGAUCAUUUCCACUUUUUGGUGUUCACUGAUGUCUUUGGGAACCAGACGCAUGGUGUGGUUGUUCAGUAUUACAGACUCAUACAGCUUUUCCAGGAAGGGAUGCAGUGCCGGAAUGGACAUGGGUCCAAAGCUCCCCGACUUCACAUACCCUACAGUGUGUGUGUUAUAUCCAAACAGCCCUACUACACUGCCCUAAAGGAUUGCCUGUCAUGCCUCCUGGGGCAGCUAAAAACCUGCCGCAUGGCAGACUUUGACGAGAGAGUAAAGGAGUUUGCAGCCAAGCUGUCUCUGGUGCCCGUCCCGCCCCCCGGACCGCUGCACGUGAUGUUCACCUUGCGACCCCUGACAAUAGUGCUUCCGUCCAGAGAGGAUAAAGAUCACCCUGUUGUAGACCUGGACCUGCACCUCCCAUUCCUGUGUUUCAGACCCAGAACACUGCUGCAGAUAAUGACCAGCAUCCUGACUGAGCAGCGGCUGGUGUUCUUCUCGUCAGACUGGGCCCGGCUGACCCUGGUGGCCGAGUGCUUCAUGCUGUACAUCCGACCCCUGCGCUGGCACCACCCGCUGGUCCCCGUCCUGUCCCGCCAGAUGCUGGACUUCCUCAUGGCACCCACCGCGUUCCUCAUGGGCUGCCAUCUUAGCCACUACAAAGAGGUUGCAGAGGAGACGGAUGACCUGAUUUUGAUCAAUAUUGACGAAGGGACAAUCUCCUCAGACUCUGCCAACAUACCGGAAGCUCCCUGUUCUGCUACUCAAUGUUUUAAGAGACGGAGCAGAAGCCUUCAGCUACAUUAUGAUGUGCAUACGGUGCACCAGGGCACAUGCGUGGACAUUAAUGACCUGCGUGUAAAAAGGAGAAAGUGGCAGCAGAGCAUCAACUGGGAAAUACAGAAAGUCACCCUGGAGUUCCUCGUCAAUGUCUUUAGGGAUGUCAGCGAUCACCUCAAUUAUGAGCACAGGGUUUUUAAUACCGAAGAGUUUCUUAAGACCAGAGAAUCUCAGGACCAACCAUUCUACAAAAAGGUUUUGGAGACCUACGUUUUUCACUCUUUCCUGAAAGAGCGUCUGUGCAGAAAGACAGAUGCAUUCACACGAAUGGAGCUAGACACUCGAACAGAAGCCCAGAAGAUAAAAGCUGGGGUUGAGAUCCUUCGGAGGCCCACCAUGCAGGAGCUGGCGUGGAAACACAGCUGCCCGGAAACACGCCUCAGUAAGCGGCUGGGCGCGAGCUUACCCAACCUGGGUGAGGAGAACCAGGGGAGCAGCCCUAGAAAAGCCUCAUUCACCAGGACCACGUCUGACAGCUCUCUAAACAUCCCAGCCAAGCCAGUGAGGAUUUUUAAGUUGCCUGACUUCCCUCCGCCUUUGGUGUACCAUUAUGUGCACCACUACUACACUGAGGUGACCCACCAGCUAAAAAAAGCUAUGGCCUCCCUGCCUAGUGGCGAUUCUGGUCUGUUGGCCAGAUACUACUACCUCCGUGGCCUCAUCAACACCUUGAACUCCAAGCACUUGGAGGCCCUCAGCGACUUCCAGAACCUCUACAAAACAGACAUCGAGCUGUUCCCCGGGGAGCUGGUGCAAACGCUGGUGGACUCUCUGCAGAAGGAGGAGAAGGCAGAGGCGGAGAGGCGUCCAGAGCUCAGACGCCUCCUGUGCAGGCCGAAGAGCGAUGAGAAGACCGAGGCGGGGCCGGAGGAGCACGUGAGGAAGUUCACGAUGCCCAAAGGCCCCUUGCGCUCAGAUGAGUUUGUGAAGGUCGUUCAGGAGUGCGGCAUUGUUAGAGACGUGGCAACCAUCCACAGGUUGUUCGAAGCUCUCACUGAUGGUCCACAGAAGGUGGUAGAUCCAGAGCUGUUUCGAGUGUUUUAUACGUUUUGGAAGGAGACAGAGGCUGAGGCUCAAGACGUUCACCUGCCUUCUGAAGUCAUCGACCAUCUGGAUAACGAUGAGUGUGUGUACAAGCUCUCCAGCUCUGUCAGGACAAAUCACGGUGUGGGAAAGAUUGCAAUGACGCAGAAGAGGCUCUUCCUACUGACAGACGGGAGGCCAGGAUAUGUUGAAAUCACCAAAUUCAGAGACAUCGAGGACAUAAAGAUCUCUGCCUCGCCCAUCCUCUUGCUGCGGGUUCCCUCCCUCAAGAUCAAGAGCACCCUGAGAAAGGAGGUUUUUGAGGCUAAUCUGAAGACUGAGUGUGACCUCUGGAGUUUAAUGGCCAAGGAGAUGUGGGCAGGCAGGAGAAUGGCCGAUGACCAUAAGGAUCCGCAGCACGUGCACCAGGCCCUGACUAACGUCCUGCUCAUGGACGCUGUGGUGGGCUGUCUGCAGUCGCCCAAGGCCGCGCUGGCCGCCUCCACCCUGGCCUACUACGAUAAGAUGAAGAGGGAGGUGCCUGUAACCGUGCCUAAAUCUACAGUGGAGACCCUGAAACACAGGAUAAAUCCGUCUCUGUGCAUGGUCACUCCACAGGCCGUGGAUGUCCUGCUGUACACCCCAGGCCAGCUGACCUUCUCCGACGGUGACCAGGCCGAGACUCCAAAGCUUUGGUGUGGUCUUAGCAGCGGUACGGUUGUGGUGUUCGACGCUGCUACGUGGUCCAUGCAACACAACUGCAUCCAAGUGGGAACUAAGCAACUGAAUUGCAUGCUGGGAUUAGACCAGGAGCAGGUGUGGAUCGGCUCUCAGGACUCUGUGAUUUACAUCAUCAACACCCGCAGCAUGUCGUGCCACAAGCAGCUGACCGAGCACCGGGCUGAGGUCACGGCCUUUGCCCUGGAGGAGAGAAGCCUCAGACCUAGCCACACUCAGCUGUACUCCUGUAGUGCUGAUGGAUCUGUCAUUGUUUGGGAUGUUCUCACUCUGAAGGUGAAGAAACAGUUUCAUUUGGAUUGUGAAGGACUGAAGUUCAUUGAGCUUUACAAUGGAACAUUAUGGUGUGGUGGUAAGGACUGCAUGGUGGAGCUGAGGAAACACGGCGUGAUCCAGCGUAAGAUCUCCCUCCCUGGGGCUGCAGUGAGCACAGCCUCUACAUUCAGCAGCUUCUUGCUCUUAGCAGAGAGAGGAGAGCUUUGGAUCAGCUCGGCCGAUUCAGGGGAGCUGUGGGUGCGGCCUUUAACGGGUGAGGCUGGGCCGUGUGACAGGGUCACACUCCCCGGAUGUUCAGGCGUCACCUGCAUGAUCAGGGUCAAGAACCAGGUCUGGGUGGGCGGCCAUGCCGGGGGUCCCGGGCCAAGCGGCUACGGCGGGAAGAUCUUCGUGUUGGACUCGGAGAGGCGGAGCUCGCAGAAGGAACUGCAGGCUCACGCGGACAGCGUCCGGGCUCUCUGCUCCGCCGAAGACCGCUACGUACUUAGCGGCUCUGCUAAGCGCGAUGGCAAAAUAGCCAUCUGGAAAGUAGAGUAGUGAGGGAGGCCUUGCAUUUAGACAUUUAACAACAUUUAACCAUAGUUUCCGGCUGAGGAGUCAGAAGCAUGUUUAUAACUGUAAUAGUUUCAGAAAUGAGAAACAAAGGUGGGCUAAUCGCUAAAGUAAUGCAGGGUGAUGGGAAAAUGUAAUCUCACACGGGUAACAGCUUUCUGAAGACAUAGAAUUAUAUAGAAUAUUCAUAUAGAAUGUGAAAAUUGUAGAUUUCUGUAACAAGGACAUUUAGUCAGCAAAUCAAGUUAAACAUCUCCACUCUGUGCUGAUAAUGAUAUCUAAAUACUUGGUAAAAAAUAAACAAUUUGCAUUGAACUUCA